ACCACCAUAUCCACGGUUGAUACCCACGUUUGAGCGCUCCCAUACCCCGUUCCUUUCCGUUAUUUGCCAUUGCUCGAGGAGACAUCGGAAUUUUAGUUCACGUACAGAAAGUAGCCAAUAAUCAGCCAUCAGUCACUAUGGUCGUAUUCGCCCUCAUGAUCAUCUCCAAAUCCGGCGGCCUAAUCUACAACCGCGAAUUCCACACCGGCCUGUCCAAACUCACAUCCAACGACUACCUAAUCCUGGCAGGUUCCUUCCACGGCAUGCACGCCAUAACCUCCCAACUCUCGCCCGCGCCUCGCAUCCCCUACAUAACGCCCCAAAACAACAUGCUGGCCCCCUCACCCUUCCCAAAUAGGCCUACCGGUAUCGAGGUCAUGGAGUCCAGUCACUUCCGGCUGCAGUGCUUCCAGACGCAGACAGGGACCAAGUUCUUGCUGGUUACGGAGCCCCAGCAGCCGAAUGUGGAUACGAUGAUGAAGAAGGUGUAUGAGCUGUAUGCGGACUAUGUUAUGAAGAAUCCGUUUUAUACGGUCGAGAUGCCGAUUCGGUGUGAGAAGUUUGAUAGGGGGUUGGAUGGGUUUAUCAAGGUUAGGGGGUGAAGCGGGAUCUAGACGUUGGGAACCACAAGCAAAAUGCCAUGAUGGGACGGGUCACUAUCACGGCAGCCAGAGAACGAGGCUGGGCUGUAAGAGGUGUGAAUGCGCGGCCAAAUGGCACAGGCUGGACAGGGAACGGCAUCACGAAGGCCCUGCCUGAGAGAGUACUCUUGCUAGCAACGAACGGUAAGCAAGCAGUCAAGGAGCCGCUGGAAGGCCGAAUAGCCUCACGACGUUGAAGACUCAAGAGAGCGCCCAGCUUCAUGGUGGGGCAUAGAGGUACAAAGAUGGCGACUAUUAGCCAUUGAAGGCCUAUGCGCAUGUGGGACGUUCAUAG